AUGGCUCCAAACAUUUUCAUUUGCUUGAGAAAUGCCCUCUGUCCUCUUUACUGGCUCGAAAAAGGUACUCGAGUAGAGGGUAAGGUCUCCAAAAGUGAACACUGGGAUUCCCCAGUGCCUGGCACCUACCGUUUUAUCCCAGGGCGCGGAUGGCAUCUUAUUCGCCGAGAUGAUGAUGAGGAAGACAGCAACCAGACCCCGGUGCCUGUCGUCUACUGUCGUAUCGUCCAUCGAUACCUCUUUGCAUCAGAAAUGGAGCAGCGCUGCCGCUACCACAAGGUUGUUCUAAGAAAGGAUGAAGACGCUCAACGAUGUCUCUUCUUCCGGCUCGACGAUGGCUUCACCUGGGUUAUCGGGUGGGACUCCCGGGGUAAAUUCAUUCCUGGGCCUUACCGUAAAUGGUGUUAUGAUAAAGAGACUAUGACUAUGCGCCGGAUGACCUCUUACGAAAGCAGCUCGGCUGCAACCUCACCUUCUACCUCUCGAAGCAGCAGUAUUGCUUAG